AUGGUAAUGGGGAUCAUUCCCUUUUGGCGUGGCGAUAUAUGUACGGUGUGUGAUCCUCCUGAAGGGGGGAUGAUGAGGCGUUGCUUGGAUGGAUGAUGGAUCCUCCACAUGAUGAAUGUGUGUGUGUGUGUGCUGUUCGUUCCUGUGCUUAUUUGUUGUGAUGUUGCUGUAUUUGGAAAAAUAAGGAAUAUUUAUUUAUUUUGUUUUAUUUUAUUUUUAUAUGUUUCUUUGAUGUCCUUAGGUACAGUACUCGAGUACAGUACUAGUACAGUACUGUACGGUGCUCAUGUCCGUACGUACAAUACCGGUGGAGUAGAAGGCAUGCAGGUAGUUAGUUAGAUACGGUACCGGUAGUCCGAGGCUAACGUUAGACUUGAAAGCCUCGGAAGGAGCUUUCAGGAUUAGCACUUGUGCGGCGCAAAGUGAUAUUGAUAAUGAUGGUUUCAACGGUGGCGGAGAUAAGAUUCGGGGCUUUACGAGCUGAAAGAUAUUACCCGUUGGUCCCUCCCUGUACGAUCUUGAAUGUAGGAAAUUAGUAGAUCUUUCGUCCCCAUUGGGUAGAAGUGCAGAAAGAAAAAGAAUUUGAUGUGAUUGACUACUCGAGUAACGGUUUCCCUCCACGCUUCUUGCUUUUUCCAUCUUUAUCCCCUGAUGCCACAUCCGCUCCGGCCCAGACCUUCCUUCCCACCAUACAGCGGGCAAGGGGGAAUGGUGAGGGUGAAGGCGAAGAGUCCGAAGGGAGGGGGGGCUCACUCGCUCGCUCGCUCGAGCCUCUGCCUGUUUAUCCCGCUCUUUCCAUUUUUCUUUGCUUCUUUCCAAAAAUAGCGGAGCCAGGAUGAUUGAGAAGAAUUUUGCCCGCGAAAAAUGUUGGGUGAAGACGCGGCGGAGAGCUGCAGGCUGCCAAGAGAGGACCGACUUUGUCCCCGAAUUGAAAAGGCAGGAGAGGGUCCGCUAUCCACGGUUCUUGGAACCCUCCCCGGAAACCUUGGUGGAGGAAUUGCCUGUUCUUGUUCGUGCCCUCUUGCUGCUGGCUGCUGACCGAGUGACAAAAGGGUUCUCCUUCUCUUGUUCACCCUUUUUCCUUUUCCUUUUCGCCUUCUUCCCUUCCUUUCUCUUUGCGAAACCUUAUUUUUCUUGUAUUACACGAGCAAAAAGGGGAAAAGGCUUUCAAUAUACAAUUGUCGGCUUGCGAACUCGGUUUGCGGCCUUUGUCUUGCUGUCCUUCGUUCAUCCAUUCCUUCUCGCCGCAGUUGCUGUUGACAAGCUGUUUCCUGGUCCACCUGCUUCCGGGGCCUAGGAAAGCGUUUUCCCUGCCUUUUUCUUCCCAUCUUUGCAGAACGAGGCGGAUCUGGAAACGUCACACGACCUACGCAACUCUGCAUUUACAUUGAGCGAGGAGGAGAGUGGGAGGAGGAGGAAAGUAGACCGGGACAACACCCUUUCACCUUUGUUGUCUGGGGGAACAAUAUUAUUCGUCGUCGUUCAUUUUUCCCGGGGGUCACAUAACACCACCACCAUACAAAGGAGGAGAAGGAGGAGGAGGAGGAGAACGGCAAGGAUCUAGCCUCUUUACGCUCGUUAAUAAUAGUCGACUUAUCCCGUUCACCAGAGAUCGGAACACCCUCCCCUGGCUUCUCCCGUUGAGGUUCCGUCGUUCGUUCUUUGCCAUAUAUCGCAACCAAUACCCUUGAUCCCACGACGUCGGUUGAGGGCCGUUGCUGAAUUACUGAGUUAUGGACUCCUGUCUCCUUGGUGGUCUGGAGCGCCUGGAAAAGCGACAGAAUGAUGAUACACUCGGAAAGUUCUUGGAUCUCGUCCAGUCACCCUUUAGGCAGUCCUUUACAACCGAAGCUUUCCUCGCAUCUCUGGGCACUUCACUGGGGAUCUCUGCGGGUAUCCUAUUGGGUUGGUGUUUGAUUCGACCCUACAAUACCGUGGUAUACGCUCCGAAGCUGCGUCACGUGGACGACAAACGUGCACCUCCGCAGAUUUCAAGGGGAUGGUUUUCCUGGUUUCAACCACUUAUCAAGUGUCACGAGCCGGAUUUGGUGGACAAGAUAGGACUUGACGCCAUUGUUUUUCUCCGGUUCUUGAGAAUGUGUCGGACGAUAUUCUUUUACUUGGGGCUUAUCGGAUGCUUGGUGAUGAUUCCGGUGAACGUUACCUGCAACCUCAAGAAUAGUUGGUCCGGGCCGUAUGCUAGUUCGACCCGGUGGUUCAUUCUCAUGAGUCCAUAUUAUGCGUGGGGGGAGUGCAUGUGGGCCCAUGUUUGCGUUGCUUGGCUAUUUGAUUUCAUCAUAAUGUACUUUUUGUGGAGGAAUUACAAGGCCAUCCUAAAGCUGCGGCAGAACUACCUUGAGAGCGAUGAGUACCAGGCUUCCACACAUUCCAAGACAUUGAUGGUACCGUUGCUGGAUCUCCACCCAUCACGUGACUUGUUUCAGAAAGCUGAUUUGUUUUAGGUCACGGAUAUCCCGAAAUCGUAUCGCUCUGAUGGCGGAAUUGACAAAGUACUUGGGGGAUUAAGCAUUCCUGAUGACGGGGACGGAAGGCCAAUGAUUGGUAGAAAUGUCAAGGACCUCCCGGAGCUUAUUGAGGAGCAUGCAACCGCUGUUAAGCAGCUGGAGAGUUACCUGGCAAAAUACUUGAAGAACCCUGAUCACCUUCCUGCGACACGGCCUAUGUGUAAGCCCUCGAAAAAAGACAAAUCUAUGCGUCAUGACGUCAAGGUUGAUGCUAUCGAGUAUUAUGGUGGCCGUAUCAAGGAAUUGGAGGAUAAGAUCAGGAGUGUCCGCGAAACUAUUGAUAGUCGAGACGCUCUUCGGUACGGUUUUGUGUCCUAUCCGAGCAUUUCUCGUGCGCAUGUUGUUGCGAAGGCGGCUAGGGGAAAGCAUCCUAAGGGAACUUUGAUCAUGCUGGCCCCACGAUCAAACGAUAUCAUUUGGGACAAUCUGACGUAUGUGCUCACCCGAACGCUGCGAUUCAAAACCUUGCUGACCCGAACCAGUCGCUCGAAAUCGAAGAGACGUUGGAACGGUUUUAUAGGAAAUGUGCUGUUUAUUGGAUUGUCCGUUCUUUAUGUGGUUCCCAACGCGCUCAUCGCUGUUUUCCUGUCAAAUUUACAUAACAUUGCAGCGCUGUUUCCCAAGUUUGGUGAACUUCUGGUUCGGAAUAGUCGGUUCUUUGCCGUUGUGUAUGCCACCCAUUCUGUCUUCGCAUUGUGGAUGUGAGCUGACGGGGUUGGGGUUGUUGUAGACAGGGUUUUGCCGCACCGACAAUCACUUCAAUUGUCUACCUUGUUCUGCCUAUCGUUAUGAGGCGUAUUUCUCAAUGGCAAGGGUGAGUACUGGUUUGUUUUUGGGCUAUGGGAUGUAACCUGACUAGUUUUUAGUGACCUUACGAAAUCGUCCCGCGAGCGUCAUGUCACUCACAAGUUGUAUAUCUUCUUUGUGUUGAACAACUUGGUCGUCUUUGCAUUGUUCGGGGUAAGUGUUGCCCCUCACAUGGAUCAUGUGGAGGGUCAUGGGCUCACCCAGUAUUUCAGACGAUGUGGACUACUAUUCGAGGCUUGGUUGAGACAUCACAGAAAACGCAGGUUACAUGGGAUACGAUCCAAAACCUUGGGCUAGCUACUAGAAUUGCUCUUGCGAUUUUUGAAGUUUCUACUUUCUGGAUCACAUACCUACUUCAGAGGAAUCUAGGAGCUUUGCUCGACUUGGUCCAGAUAGUCAGUUUGAUUGGGAAAAGUUUCCAGAGACACUUUAUGUCACCUACGCCGAGAGAGAAGAUAGAAUGGACCGCUCCACCACCGUUCGAUUACGCCACUUAUUACAAUUAUGUAGGACCAUCCUUUCCAUUUUCGCGGUAGGUUAGCUGACUUUUACGGUGUAGUUCUUGUUCUAUGCGACGAUUGCGCUGGUGUUCUCCACUAUUCAGCCUCUUGUGUUGCCUGUUGCCUUCUUAUACUUUCUCAUCGAUAGCUUCUUGAAGAAGUACCUGCUCAUGUAUAUCUUUGUCACGAAGGUCGAGAGUGGGGGCGCAUUCUGGAGGGUAAUAACCACAUCCGCCCUUGGGUAUGGGCGUAGUACUGACGAGCUGUAGUUACUUUUCAACCGUUUUUUGUUCGCAACCGGUCUCUUCAAUGUCGUUGUCGCCCUUGUUGUCUGGGUACGGCACACCUAUCAAGCUGCAAUGUGUGUUAUUCCGCUGCUCUUUAUCCUGGUUGGAUUCAAGCUCUAUUGCCGCAAUAAAUUUGAUGGCAAGAUUCGAUAUCACACCAAAGGCUCUGAUAGGGAGAGCCUUUUCGGUGUUGGAAAGGGGAUUCGGAAAGAUCAUUUCAACAAACGAUACGGCCAUCCGGCUUUGACCCGCCGCCUGAUCACCCCUAUGGUCGACGCUAAAGCUAGGCAUGUGUUGGCACAAAUAUACUCUGGCAGAAUAAACUCUGAGCCCUCUCAGGGUGCUGGUGGGAUUAGCCUGGAUAACAUGCAACGAGGAGACACCGGUAGAAGACAGGAUCCCUUUGAUGGUCGAUUCGAAAUAGUUGAGGAAGCGGAUAUGGACUUUCAGCACUUUAAGCAUAGGGCCGAGUUCGCGGAGGACCAUGGAGGAUCAAUAUAUGGGGUUGGGUCAGACGGUCUCAGCGAUCGUGGAUACAUUACACCUCGUGGAUUUGGUUCUCCGGCUUCAUCAAGGCCAGGUUCUCCGUCAGUCCUUGGGCCACGGCGGGGCCCAAGCCCUCUUCCAUUAGGAGGCGGUUACCGUGGAACAGACUACGUCCCCGUUCCAUCUGCCCAGCACGGUCCGCCAUCACCUGGCUUCCGACAUGGUCACCGCCCGGAGAGCCCGUAUAUGAGCGACAGAGGCCUCGCAAGCCCGGAGGCAAUAACAGACUACGGCCACCAUGAUACUAGGAGCGAAACAGAGUCGGUUAGGCACUUGCUCGGUGACCACGGUUCACACGGCGUAAAUAGGCCAGGUUCAUCACACCUGAGCUAUAAUCCGGACUACCCGGAGCAAUACCAACAGCAGCCACAUUAUGACAAUUAUGACGAAUAUAGGGGGCAUAGAUAAAAAGAAGCAAAAAGAAGAGAAGAAAGAAAAAGAGAAAACUGCUUGGGUUAGGAAUCUUGGGCAUAUUAGACGUCACGGGCGGUUUCAUGGUUUUCCUUUUCUUAUUUCUUGACAUUUCCCUGGGUGUUUACUGGCCAUUUACGGCGGAACUGUUGGAGGAGGGGUGUGAGUUGAUGCGAAUUGUAUGAUUCCCGGCUGAUUUACCUCUCUUUUUUUACAUUUCUUGUACAUCUUUCCUUUUAUACCAUUUGUCUUUCCGUUUAAUCGGUCUUGUAGGGGGACUGGGGGGGCGAUUGAUACUCACUGUUUGCUCUUUUUAUUGGAGUUUACUUUCGGUGUACGGUAGUGGAUAAUUUUUUACUUUAAUACUUUACGGAGGUUGGGCUUGGAAAUAGCGGUCGUAGUCGCAUCGAGCACCAACGUGCGUUCCUUGGAACGGUGGUUAAGCCGAACAAUCGCUUUGAAAAACUUGUUGGCGGCAAUGAGGCAUGCAUGAAAUUUCACGAUACCAUUGUUGGAAGUUGAGCUCCGCCCACCCAAGACUGCACGCACGCCAUUGCCCAAAACCUCCAUCACGGGAUCCGUGCCCAAUCGUCA